AUGAGGAAGCUGAAAUUGAUCACAUUUGAUGCAUUUGGUACAUUAUUACAAUUAGCAAAGCCCGUACCAUUUACUUAUUAUGAAACGGCCCAAAAAUAUGGAAUCUCAGCGACCCUGGAGGAAAUAAAGAAGAACAGCGAUCGUGCUUUUGCAGAAUUGAGUAAAACCCAUAAAAACGGCGGGCUGAAAGAUGUUCUGAAUCCUCGUGAAUGGUGGUUUGAGGUUAUUAAGAGAUCAUUCCCGUGUCAAAUUCCUAAUACAAUGGCAGAGGAUCUGUGGAAUCAUUACUCUACGAAAUCAGCUUAUCGUAUUCACCCGCUGUUUGAAGGCUUUUUGAGAAGAAACGCUCAAGAGAAGGGAUACUCUAUUGGCAUUAUCUCAAACACGGACGACCGUAUUUAUUCAGUGUUCAAAAGCUGUGGAUUUGCUCAUUUAAUUGACGUUUAUGCAUUUUCUUAUGACAUUGGAUGUCAGAAGCCGGAGAAAGGCAUAUUUGAAUAUGUCCGCAACAAGACCGGUGAAUUAACUAGAGUAAUUCCGGCCCCGAAGGAAUGCCUUCACUUUGGAGAUGAUGUUUCAAAGGACGUUGAAGCUGCUAAAAAUAUAGGAUGGCAUGGAGAGUUUUGUGAUAUCUAUACGAACUUUCCUAAGGUUAUUCAUGAAAUAGAAAGCUCUUUUGGAUCCGGAUCCAAAGAUUAA